AACACCAGCACUGCCCAAAGGUCCUUGCUGCACACUGAUGGUCAUUUACAUCCUCAGAGCAAACAUAUGCACAAAGAAAUUUUAUUGGUAAAGGACUAAAUAUCUGAAACACCCAUUUUCUGUUGAUCACAUCUUGGCAAGGGGACUAACUGGGAGGAUGAAGACCAAGAGCUGCAAUAACCCAGGCCUGGCCCUCCCUGUCACGAUGAUCUUCUCCCUGUGUUUGCAAACGAGUGCAAACCACACCUACCCUCAGGGUAGAGAGGAAACCUGGAGUCCCAUCAGCCAGAACCUCAGUGGGAGCCACAACAGAACAGAAGCCAAUACAAAUUCUCCUCUCAGCAUCAAUUUCAGCAGCGAAAUAACUACUUUUGAAAUGCAAAGUACCCUGCAGUCCUUCUCCUCCACAACGGCCCGAAAUCCAACCUCUUCCCCUGCCACAAGUGCAGUUUCUGCCACUGGAGGACCCAGGAACACCAGCACACCCAGGAGUCCAGUGACCAGGGAAACAUGUGAAGACAACAAGUCUCUCAUAGUGAUUUGCUUCAUUAUCAUUGCAGUACUUGUGCUUAUCUGCACCUUCCUAUUUCUGUCAACAGUUGUAAUAGCAAAUAAACUGUCCUAUCUCAAAAGAACUCAGCAGGGGAAGCGCAGGCCCAGGAGCAACGGUGACAUUGUGGCCACCAGCAGCUUAUGGCCAACGGCAGCAGGAACGUGGCAGAGGGUGCCCAGGGAGCCAGCUGGAACCCAGCUGAUAAUGCAGGACUUGCUAGGAGGGAGGGACACGAGGAACAGAAGGAAAACCGAAGGUGAAACAGAUAAUGCCCAGGAAAACAAAGAUACAUCCCAGUCACACAAACCCAUUUUAACCAAUUUUGUAGUUGAGAUUUAAUUCACACUCGGGUAAAAAAAUCAUCUUUUGCCCUUUUUACAUCAGUAAUGUAAGGCAAAAACUCAGCUUUUAAGAAACAACAUGAAUUUUCCCCUGGGGAAGCUAAAUUCAGAUUUUAGGUAUUAUUUAUGCCAGUGGGAAUGCUGCAGCCACGUGUGGAUCCAGGAAGGAAUAAGAUUGUGUUCAAUAGCUUUCUGUGUGGAGUGGCAUCACUGGUUUUACUCCUUUGACCAGAAAUCACUGUGACAGGA